CCAUGACGUAGCUAGCCAUGAACCGCAGUUCAUGUGCGCUGGAAUGCGUCUGCGAACUCCAGCAAUCCAUGCUGCAGCUGUAAGUAUUGUCGCAACGGAGGUACGAGCCAGACCAUUUAGCCAAUUACAACGCUCCCUCGGUUGCACCGCCACUCCUUCAGCCCCUCUCAGUCGCAGUUGCCAUGAUCACUCGUCUCCACUCCACCAGAUUGCGCUCAGCUCAGCCGCGAUGGCAUCCGUGUCAUCGCUUUCCGGCGAAGCCGCGCCUUCGCUGACCGAAGCAGGCGUGUCGCAUUUAAGAGCGCGUGUGAUCCCCCAAACGCCCAACCAACAAAUCGCGCUUCCUGCCGCCCCUCCCCCGCCAUAAACAUAAGCAUAGCUCACAGCAGCUGAGCUCCCUCUCUGCCCUACAACACCUACCCAACCUAUCCACAUCACUACAUACAACACCCAUGUCGAGCAACGACUACUACGGCGGCCAAGGUCACGGCUACGACGGCGCACAGCAGCAAGGUCAGGGCGGCUACAACCAGCAGCAGUACCCUUCAGCGCCGGCGUACGGUCAGCCGCAACACGACCAGUACGGCCAGGGACACAGCCCUUACCCUCAGCAGCAGGGCCAGUAUCCUCCACCAGCGCAUGACCAGUACGCUCCCCAGCAGCAGGGCUACGGCGCUCCUCAGGGCCAGUACAACCAAGGCUACGAUGCCGACCGGAGCCACUCCCCAUAUCCACCUGCAGGGCAGCACCAGCAGUACCAGGACCCCAGCCAGCAAUAUGGCCAGCAACAGUAUGGUCAACAGCAGGGCUACGGCGACCAGCAACACCAGCAAGGCUACGGUCAGCAACCCGGCCAGUAUGGUCAACCCGGUGCACCAGGCGGCCCAGCAGAUGGCGAGCGUGGUCUUGGUUCUACGCUUAUAGGAGGCGCUGGUGGCGCGUUCCUCGGCAACAAGAUGGGUGGUGGAGCGCUCGGUACCAUUGGUGGGCUGAUCGCAGGCGCUGUCGGCGCGAACAUGUUGAGUGACAAGCAUGACGAUAAGAAGGACAAGAAGGACAAAAAGCAUAAAAAGCACAGUAGCCACGGCUCUCACCAUGGAUCUUCGCACCACGGCUCGUCGUACGCCGGGUCGUCCGCUGGAAUGACUGGCCUGUAUGCAGGCAGCUCUCACGGCCAUGGGCACAAGAAGCACAAGAAGCAUAGGAGCCGCAGCCGUGGAGGUAGCAGCUCUUCUAGCAGCGACUCGGAUUGAGCUGGCGAUGCAUCUUGAGUGGCGUCGUUCUGGGACGUCGGUCUAUUGUGAGACCUUUCGUAAUGAGCAUAGAUGCCGAUGCAUGCCUCAUACCCGAGAUGCUUGGCCUUUUGCGUAAUGAUAUCGUUUCUGUACUGUAUGUGGUCCUUGAUCUUUGCGUUGUGAUUACAGUAUUCUUUUGCUAUAGGAAUGCACCC